AUACAGAGAUGAUGCUGCUUACUUGCUUAGUGAAAGACGAGUCAAAAGCAAAGCAAAGAAACCCGACAAAACUCAUACUCAGCCUCCUCUCUCUCAAUGUGUUGAAUGGAGAGAGAGUGAGAGCAAGAACCAACAAGAAAGAGAUGGGGCUGGGGCUCAUAUGAGCUUAAAUCUACUAAAUUAUUUUUUUUUUUUUUUCAAAAAACAAGCUCUGAAACCCACAAACCCCACCAGAUGGAACUCACAGAUUUGCAAAGCACCAAGCAGCAAAAUAAUACUUCUUCACAAGUCCCACCCCACCACCACCACCUCCACCAUCUCCAACACCAACAGCAGGGUUUUGAUGGAACCAGCAGAUCAUCUGGAGGUGUGUUCAUGGGCUCCAUCUCCAUCCAAGCUGGGCUUGCAGGCCCAAACCAUGCUCCAGCUGCUGCUGCUGCUCCUACUGGUUCUUCUUCAGCCUCUGUUUCUUCCUCACCUUCUUCUUCUUCUUCCUCUGCAUCUGCCUCCAUCGCCGCUCCACCACCGCACCUCGUCGACGCCUCCCUCGCGAUCGCCACCAGAUCCGACUCUCAACCUUCCUCGCGAUCUGGCCCUCUGCUUGAUUCUACGAAAAAUAAUCAACAGAAUCUCUCGAUAGUAACAACAGCAGCGGCGACUACCACUUCAACGACAGUAAAACGGUCCACCAAGGACCGACACACCAAGGUCGAUGGGCGGGGCCGGCGGAUACGUAUGCCGGCAACCUGUGCUGCUCGGGUUUUUCAAUUGACUAGAGAAUUGGGCCAUAAAUCUGACGGAGAGACAAUUGAGUGGUUGUUACAGCAAGCGGAGCCGGCAAUUAUUGCCGCCACCGGAACAGGUACGAUUCCGGCGAAUUUCUCCACUCUCAAUGUUCCGUUACGGAGUAGCGGAUCCACACUCUCAGCUCCACCUUCGAAAUCCUCUCCUCCCUCCUUUCAUGGUGCUCUGGGUUUAGCUCAUCACCCUCGUUAUGAAGAGAGCUUUGCACACACUACUGCUUUGUUAGGGUUUCAUCAAUACCAACAGCAGCAGCAGCAGCAGCAGCAUCUAUUGACUGCAGAUCAAAUUGCGGAAGCACUUCCUAGUGGUGGAAAUGGAAGAGAUAGUGUUGGUGGAGAAACGAGCGAAAGCUAUAUGAGAAAACGCUUCAGAGAAGAUUUGUUCAAAGAAGAUAAUCAACCACAUAGCGAAAGUGGUGGAGGCGACGGAGGAGGAGGAUCUAAAUUACCCAAACCCGAAGCAGCAUCUUCGGGUCUACUAAGGCCCUCAAAUAUGCUGCCUGCCGCUGCCAUGUGGGCGGUGGCACCAGCGCCCACCAGCGGAGCAGCUGGCAGUACAUUCUGGAUGCUACCUGUAACUGCUGGUGCAGGUGGUGGUCCACCUUCCACCACGGCGGGGCCUUUGGAACAGCAACAACAGCAGCAGCCCCAAAUGUGGCCUUUUGGGACGGGCGUCACGGGAGGGAGUGGUAAUACAUUGCAAGCGCCACUACAUUUUAUGCCAAGAUUUAACAUUCCAGGAAGCAUUGAUUUUCAAGCAGGUCGAGCAAGUCCGCUGCAACUGGGUUCCAUGUUAAUGCAGCAGCAGCAGCAACAACAACCAUCGCAGCAUCUUGGGUUAGGAAUGUCAGAGUCCAACUUGGGAAUGUUGGCAGCUCUAAAUGCUUACUCUAGAGGUGGUUUGAAUAUGAAUUCUGAACAAGAUAAGUCAUUGGAGGAACACCAACACCAACACCAACACCAACACCAACACCAACACCAACACCAUCACCAUCAGCAGCAGCAACACCAACACCAACAACAACAACAGCAGCCUCAGAAUACUGAUAGUGGAGAUGAAGAUCCCAAUAGUUCUCAAUGAUUCACACAAGAUGGUGACUAUGAUGAUGGUUGUCACCUGGACCACCUUGUUGUAAUUGUUACCACUUCUUCCAUUUUACGUGGACCACUCCCAGCACAACUUCACCUGGGCAGUUACUCAUCAACUGGGCUUUAUCUCCUCAAUAUAAUGGGUUCAUGGGUUGUGACUGAUUCAAAACAUAAUGGACUGUACGGGUUACACCUUGGGCCUUGUACAUGGAUUAGGCCUAGCCCAUAAUAUUUUUAGUGUCAAUAAUUGCCCCCCAGCUUGAAUUCAACUGUUCAAAGUUGGAUUUAAAGAUGAUUUGUCGCGCCUAGUUCCCAAAUGUCAGUUACUACCGAAUCAAAACCCAAUUAAAAUUCGAACUCUUUGUUUACCUGAUUUAAUUUGAUC